UGCUUUCGUUUCCGGCGCAGCGGAUACAAACUCAGGCGGCGAUUGCUCGUUUGGAACGGCGCCUGCCGUCCUCGGUGUUUGACGUCGGGUCUGUUUUUGUCCGUGAAUGAAUGCUAAAAGACGAUCGGCUUCGAUCGUCUGAAUAAAAAUAUGAUCCACGAGCUGCUGCUGGCGCUGAGCGGAUACCCCGGAAGCAUUUUCACAUGGAACAAACGGACAGGCCUGCAGGUGUCCCAGGAUCUUCCCUUCCUUCACCCGAGUGAGACCAGCGUCCUGAACCGGCUCUGCAAACUGGGCUCAGAUUACAUUCGCUUCACAGAGUUCAUUGAGCAGCACACCGGCCACGUUCACCAGCAGGAGCAUCACAGCAGCCAGCCGACCCAGACGGGGCUCCAUGGCAUCUACCUGCGGGCUUUUUGCACGGGGCUGGACUCCAUGCUGCAGCCGUACCGACAGGCCCUGCUGGACCUGGAACAGGAAUUCCUCGGGGAUCCACACCUGACCAUUUCCCAUGUGAAUUACAAGCUGGACCAGUUUCAGCUGCUGUUCCCCUCUGUGGUCGUGGUGGUGGAGACCAUAAAAUCCCAGAAGAUCCACGGCUGUCAGAUCUUGGAGACGGUGUACAAGCACAGCUGUGGGGGGCUUCCUCCGGUACGCAUAGCUCUGGAAAAGAUCCUGGCCGUGUGUCACGGUGUGAUGUACAAGCAGCUGGCGGCGUGGAUGCUGCACGGCCUGCUGCUGGACCAAAGCGAGGAGUUCUUCAUAAAGCAGGGCCCCGGUGCAGGAGGCCCGGCUGCCAACCAGGACGAAGAGGAGGAGGACCUGGGUCUGGGAGGUCUGAGCGGGAAGCAGCUGCGAGAGCUUCAGGACCUGAGGCUGAUCGAGGAGGAGAACAUGCUGGCGCCGUCUCUUCAGCAGUUCUCUCUGCGCACGGAGAUGCUGCCGUCCUACAUCCCCGUCCGGGUGGCCGAGAAGAUCCUGUUCGUGGGCGAGUCCGUUCAGAUGUUCGAGAACCACAACCACAGCCCGUCCAGAGCCGGCUCCAUCCUGAAGCACCAGGAGGACGCCUUCGCCGCCGAGCUGCACCGACUCAAGCAGCAGCCUCUCUUCAGCCUGGUGGACUUUGAGAACCUGAUCGACGGGAUCCGGAGCACGGUGGCAGAGCAUCUGUGGACGCUGAUGGUGGAGGAGGCGGACCUGCUGGGACAGCUGAAGAUCGUUAAGGACUUCUACUUGUUGGGUCGCGGGGAGCUCUACCAGGUUUUUAUUGAUCUGGCUCAACACAUGCUGAAGGCGCCUCCAACGGCCGUCACUGAGCACGACGUUAACGUGGCCUUCCAGCAGGCCGCCCACAAGGUUCUUCUGGACGACGACAACCUGCUGCCUCUGCUGCACCUCACCGUGGACCACCAGGGCAAAGACGGCAAAGAGGCGUCGGGCCCCAGAGAAGGAGCCACCCCUCCCCAGGACUCGUCGCCCCGCGAGGUCCCUCCCACCGGCUGGGCGGCCCUCGGCCUCGCCUACAAAGUCCAGUGGCCGCUGCACAUCCUCUUCACGCCCGCCGUCCUGGAGAAGUACAACGUGGUGUUCAGGUACCUGCUGGGCGUGCGGCGGGUCCAGUCGCAGCUGCAGCACUGCUGGGCUCUGCAGAUGCAGAGGAAGCACCUGAAGUCCAGCCAGUCCGACGCGGUGAAGUGGCGCCUCAGAAACCACAUGGUCUUCCUCAUCGACAACCUGCAGUACUACCUGCAGGUGGACGUCCUGGAGUCCCAGUUCACGCAGCUGCUCCAGCAGAUCAACUCCACCAGGGACUUUGAGAGCAUCCGAUUGGCCCACGAUCACUUCCUCAGCAACCUGCUGGCCCAGUCCUUCAUCCUCCUGAAGCCGGUGUUCCACUGUCUGAAUGAGAUCCUGGAGCUGUGUCAGAGCUUCUGCUCGCUGGUUGGUCAGAGCGUCGCUUCGCUGGACGAUCGAGGAUCGGCUCAGCAGCUCGACCUGCUGGUCAAGGGGUUCCGGCGCCAGUCCUCCAUGCUGUUCAAAAUCCUGUCGAGCGUGAGGAACCAUCAGAUCAACUCGGACCUGGCUCAGCUGCUGCUGCGUCUGGACUACAACAAGUACUACACGCAGGCCGGCGGCACGCUGGGCGGGGUUUAAGAGGAGCUGGGAGCGUUUCUUCAUCUCAGCCUGGACUCAAACGUCUUCACCAGAAACACUGCUGAGGUCUGCUGAACGCCUCCAGAGACGAUCCGAUCAGCAGAAACUCCUCUGGGCUCAUUUCAAGUCUGCACGUCAGCUUUGGCUCAUUUGUGACUUAAAAAUAAGAUGCAAGACUGGAUUAGCUUUACCUCAGACUCUGUCUAGGAAAAUGUUGCCAUCUUGCUGCAUUUCUUGGGUUAAAGGGAAUGUUGCACAUUAAGCAUGACAGGAAAAUCCUGUGGAAGGAGAAAAACCGGUCGCUGUAACCAGAACAAUGAUGGUUUUUAAAAUAUUCUUCUUCUUGAACACCUGAUUUAAAUAAAAGGCUCCUGCAAAAACAACUGAAAAAAGGCCUUAAGUGGACUUCUUAAUGUUUAAUGUAAAGAAAAUCCUAAAGAAGUGCAAAAACAUUGCAUUUAAAUAGCUAAAAUUAGUUCUUCAGGUGUUUCUUCAGUUGUUCUGCAGCACUGAACCUGGUACUGACCCGUUUCCUCUGAUCAGAGCCAACGUUCAUGUUUCUCUUAUAGAGAUUAGGGUGAUGGCUCUGAGGCCUGUACACCAGUGGCAACAUCCAAAAAAACACAUUUACAUUCUCUAAAAGCUUAAUGAUUAGAUUAGAUGGACAAAUCAGGAUGGAGACUGGUGCAGCACAGGAAGUCAUUAACGGCCCACAUGUUGCUUUGUAACGUUAGAAAAGUCAUUUGGAUUGAUGUUAAUAUUUAAAUUGUGUAUUUCAUAAAUAAAUGAAUUUUCAAUUCACAUCUAA